UAGGCCACAUGGCGACAAAGCAUGGAAGUCGUGGUAAAAAUCAGCAAACAAUAUCAUCUAUCAUUGGAGAAAAUGAAAAAAUAAUAGAGAUUGUUAAUGCUACAUCAAUCACCAAAGACAAAACCAAAGCUAAACGGUGCUUCAUUGUUGUUACUCAUCUGAAAGGGUCUCACCUCAACUAUUCAAUAUUUGUUAUCAACCAGAGCAAGGAUGUUCUUAAGUUGAGAUACAGAUUUGCAUUGAUUGAGUUGAAUGCAGUAGAUUUCUUGGCUAGUGAUGAUUCAAGACUUGAUUUUUUGCUCAAGUUUAAUGAAGACAAAGUACUUCACUAUGCUUGUGAUGCUUGGGAAAAGAAGAAAAAGUUUCUUAUAAAUCUUUACAAGCUCUGCAAGAACAAGCUUCCAAAAGAAGCCUUGCCAGUAUUCAAGAAUGUCAACACCCAAAUGUUGGAAGAGACAGUUUUCUUGUCUGCAACAUUGAAGGGUAUGGAGAAUGAUUCACCAAAUCCAUCUGAAAAUGUUGAGCCUGAGUACAAACUGAAAUAUCUCACUAAAGAAGAAGAACUAGACCUUGAACAAGUUUGUAAAGCAUGCCAGUGGGAAACUGAAAGUGCAGAAGAGUUUAUUGCCAAAAUAACAAUGGAGCUUUCUGGUUUGGAUAAAGCAAACAUCCAUUCUAUAAUGAAUGUUGAAGAAGAAAUUUUGAAAUUAUUCGAGACAAUGGAUGAUGCUAUCAAAAAAUUAGACACACUCGACGAGAGCUUGAAUGAGUACAGCGAAAUCCUAACAAGAGAAGAAUCAAGAAUUCUUGACAUUUCUGACCUUAGCUCUAAUCAUUCUGUUAGAGUUGCUAAUAACCAAAAGCUGUUACAGAAAACUCAAGAUCUUCUUCAGUUGCUCUCUCUUCCUGUCAAUCUAGAGGAUCUAGAUACUUUGAACGACUAUAACCUUGAAUCAUUCUCUCAAGCAGUAGAGGUUGCUCAAAGUAGAGUUGAUGCCCUUGCAGGUCAUGAACUCCAAGAACUGCACUGUGUGCAAGAAUUCAUGAUAAACUGUAGAGCUUUUCUAAAGACAGUCCCUGAGUUACUUUAUGCUGAUUUAGAUGAAAAAUUAAGGAAAGAUUGGCAAGGGAAGCACAGGGCUCGCCACAUCAAUGUUGCUAGAUUCACAUCUCUACUUAAUUGGUGCAAAGACUUUGAUCCAGUCAUGUUUAAUGCUAUUUUCCAGUCGUAUGAGGCAUCAAUACAAAAAUGCUAUGCCAAAGAAAUAAGCAACUUCUUUAAAGAUAAAGUUGGCACUAUUCAGAAGAGAUCAAACUUGGACAAAGGUUUCUCCUUUGCUGGAAAGUCAAAUUCCAGCACAUCUACGAUGGAUAUAUCUGCAUCAAAACAAAGUUUCAGAGGUUCUCUAAGUAACAUCAGAGGUUCAAUAGGAUCAGUGGAUUCUGUCAACAUCAAAGGUUCUGGUGAUUCAAUGGCUACUUAUCAGACUCAAAGUGAAAAUAACUCUAAAUUCGAUAAUCUGUUUUGUAAGGUACUGGAUUUCAUUACCCCGCUUGUUGUCGACGAGGAAGACCACCUCAAUGAAGUCUUUGGAAUACCAUUCAUGGAAGAUAUACCCACAGAUGCCAGUGACAAUGAAAUAAGAACCCGUAAAGACGAAAAUACUGCAACUAACAAUAUCUUGAUUAAACUCUUCGGAGCGAAGCUUGAUCAAGAGUUACAACAACUCAUUGAAGUUAGCUACAAAGUUGAUCCCUACUACUCACUAUACAUGUACCUGAGGCUGGGGAAACCGAGCCAUAACCAAGAAGGAAGUGUAUUCCUCAAACGGUUCUAUUCCUCCUGUUUGAUAAUCGUAAAACGGCAGUUUGACCAGUUUAUUAAGAACCAGGUAGCCCAAAUAGGUGAGACCAAGGCACAUAAAAGUAAGAGGUGUGGCAUCCUACACUGUGUUCAUAAGUACGAGCAUUUUGUGAGAGAUACUGAGCGGCUCUUUGAUAGAAAACUAGAAAGAAGGACUGAGAUUGAAAAGGGCUACAUUACGCUGCUGGAAGCAGUUUUCUUUGCUAUAGACAGGAUCUCGAAGGAACAGCAGAAAGUGCCCCCAGAGGUGGUUAUGAUUGAAAACUAUCACCAUCUUACUGAACUCAUGAAAUCUAUGAGUUUGUCGUGUCUGAGUGAGCUGCAGAGAAAGGCAGCUAAAUUGUAUGAGACUAAUUUAAACGAAUAUGUCACAGUCAAAUUGGGGAAUCCCAUCGAGAAAAUCAGUGCAUUUUUCCUGGGGGUGAAACAGUCGCUGAGCUCCGCAGUGCGACCAGAGGAGGUCGGUUUUCAGAUAAACUAUAGUCGGAGUGUCCUCAAGAGUAUCAUUAAGCAGUACCCUCUGAAAGAUGUCCGCAGGAGUAUUGAAAAUUAUCUCAACAAGAUAGAGAAGCACCUGUGUGAGGAGGAGGAUAUGUACGAGAGAGUGGGUUCCACCUACUGCCACUCCAUCCUGUCCCAGGUAACCGAGUACCAGGGUCUCAUGAAGUCCUGUUACCCGGACAGUGGGGUUCAGUUCGAGUUCAGAGAGGAGGACAUCAGGAGGUUGUUCGAUGUUAGGAUUAGUCAGAAGAAGGGGAGCAGUGUGUAGGUGUAGGUGCAGUGUGUAGGUGAGCAGUUAGUGAGACUCAACUCCUUCAACAAAGUGUCAAGGUACUGUUCGUCAUGUGGUCACGUGGUUACGUGGUUACGUGGUUACGUGGUUACGUGGUCACGUGGUUACGUGGUCACGUGUUACUCAUCCAGGUAGCUGGAGACGAGGAUCCUCUUUCUACCGGGUAAAUUCUUAAUAAAGCGGGGGUUUGAGUAUUGUGAGCAGCACUUUAUCAACAGUUUCAAACAUUUUCCAGCAACGGAUACUUCUUUUUAACAGUUGAACUUUUGAAGCAUUUUACUAGUUGUUUGCAUGAUAUUAGUUUUAAAAUAAAGCAGAUUUUAAGCAUUGUGAAAUUGUUAGCAUGGCACCUCAGAAUGCCAUUUUACUAGGAAUUAAGAUGUGUUGAUAAUUACAAUAAUUAAAUGGGGAAAUUAUAUUUCAUCAUAACAAUAUUUUGAAGAAUUCAUGUCUCAUGACCUUAAUUCAAAACUUUCAUAUUUUAUUCUUUUAAACCUCAGAUUUAUCAGAAAAUUGUAUUUUUGUUAUAAUUUUAUUCAUGAUUUAGACGUGAAACAUAUGAUAUUAUUUUUGUAUUGUAUUUUAAUGUCUGUGAUAAAUGUAAUUGUACAUGUUUCCUCUUUUUGAUUCGUUGAUCUAACCGUUU